UCUGGUGAAGCUGCUCAGGCCUCCAGUUGCCCGCCCUUACCUUGGGUUCAGAUUUCUACAAGAUGUUUGCGUUCACGACCCUCUUAUGCACCAUCUCGUCUCUCGCAUUAUUGGCACUCUCACUGCCAUUGAAGUUGAGGGAUGUAGUAGAUCCGCCCAUCACCAGUCCAACGGCGGGCACUGUAUGGCACGUUGGAGAUAAGCAACUGGUGACUUGGAGUACUAGCGGUUUGUCUUCCAAUAUUACCAACCCUGUUGGGAUGCUGGUUCUAGGAUACUCGUACAACAACAGCGAGAACCUGAUGUUGGAUUCACCGCUUGCAACGAACAUCAAUUAUACGCUCGGUCAAGUUUUGAUAACCGUCCCGGAUGUGGAGACACGAGAAGAUUAUAUCGUCGUUUUGUUUGGGGACUCUGGCAAUGCUAGUCCAGAAUUCACUAUCAUCAACGAUAGCUCAUCUUCGUCCGCCUCUGCGCCAUCUACAUCUUCUUCGGUUCAGUUGACCACACCUGGUACGAGCGCGUCCCCUACAACCCAAACUCCAACGGAAACCACCACGACCUCAAAUUCUGUUAAUUCGACUCCCACGACAACUUCUGGCAUAACACCUGCAGCCGGGGUAACCACGCCAACUUUAAGUUCUGGUAUAACCUCAGUUAUCACGUCGACUGCAACGCCAACGCAAACCACACUCACGGGUGCUGCAUGGAGAAACCAUGCGUCAGGCGCGUCAAUUAUGCUCGCCCUGGUAUCGCUGGUCUACAUCUUCUAGUCACCACGAGCUUCGAUUGACAUUGGACACAUUUCUAAGAUGACACGUUAAUGAUGAUUGUGAUUUAGUAUUCAUGAACUCUUGCUUACUCAUUUUCCAUUGUACUACUUUGACGACGAAGGUGGAUCUACGACACAUACUUGGUUAGCAUUCAAUCACUCUACUCUAGCACCCCUCACGAUAUCACAAUUAUUGGAACUCUGUGCAUGAUUUACAUGAAUGUAGCAAAUUUUUGGUUAU